AUGACUACUGCCACCAAUGGCGAUUUUGUCUAUCUUGGCGACGAAACAAUCGGUGAUUUCGCCCAAGAGGGGUCCCAGAAGCUCGUCAGUGAAUUGGAAAAUGAUGACUCCAAUGUUUCUUCCUUAAUUUUCACCGAGCUCAUUUUAAGUUACGAUGACAAUCGACUACAGAUUGACGAUGUAACAUCCUUUCUUGAAAAGGUUUUGGCAAACGAUUCACGGGCGGUGGAAUUUUGUCAAAUACUCGAUGUAUUUGUGUUAUCUGAACAGAUCAAGCAAUUGUUGGCAUCUCUCUUCAAGAAGAAUAUUGUGAAAACGUCAGUUCUUGCACGCAAUAUCAAACCAGAAUCUUUACUGGCAGUCGGAAUAGUACCUGAAAACUUUAACAAAAUCUUGAAUACUAGAAGAAGAGACCACUUCUACACUCAGAAAAAGUAUAAUCUUCUUCAUGAAGAAUCCGAAGGUUACUCCAAAUUGAUUGUAGAAGUAUACCACAUAUUAAGGGAUGACCAUACUCGAUAUGAGCUGGAAUACGCAUUUAAAGUCAUUGAAAAUCUAGUGGGGCAUUAUAAUCUUGAUCCAAAUCGUGUGCUCGAUGUGUUAAUUGAUGUUUUCAGCAACAACUUUGUGAGCAACCAUCGCUUUAUUAUAGACUUUCUCAAACGGUCUCAAUGGUGGCCUCGUACAGAAAGCAAUAGCACCACCUCAAUGCAGAAAUUAUCAGUCGGUGGCAGUGAUACUGCUUCGAAACUCAUUGGUUUGAGAUUACUAAAGUGUCCUAAAGACCGUGAACUUCCCGAAACUUUUAAGAUUCUUAUAGGAUGCCUCAUCAAGGAAGGUUUUAUAAGCUUCGGUUCAAUCUUCCCCUACUUUAAUACCGAUGAAAUGGAGUCUCUCGAGUCGCUUUACAAAAAAGAUGUCGAAGAUAGGGUCCUGAAAGCUAGCGCCAAUGCUCUCUCUUUGGCAGCUCCUCUAGUUGACGAGGACGAAGAAAGUGGCACAGAUGGGAAAUCAAAACCCACAGAAAAAUCUGAAGAGACUACACUCCAAUCUUCCUUGCUGUCGAAUCUCGUAUAUCAGUUUCUUCGAGUGUUCCUAGCAGUGGGGCUCUAUUAUCCCUCACUCUAUAUCCUAACCAAGUACCCAUUUCUUGCAUAUGUGGACGAUGAAAUCCCAGAGCUCAUCAAUAGGCUCUUUCUUGAAAUGCUCACACCUCUCCAUGCGAGCUUCAAAUCCAUUUCAGACACAGACUUGAACCAGCUUCAGACACCACGGCAAUCGGCAUCUACCGUAUCUACUCAAGUCGAUCUCUAUAGUUUUCGGCCCACAGCUAUGAAUCAUGGAAGCAAAAAGUUUACUUAUUUCUACAGUGAGUGGAAAAAUUACUUGCCAACAAUACUGACAGUGGAAGAGCUUUUUGAGUUGUCGUAUGAAUUCUUGAAAUUUAAUGGUGCCAAUUUGAGUAAGAACACCGACUUAUUCUCUCAAAUUUGUGACAUUGCUGUGGCUGAUUAUAAGCUGUCCGAUGAAAAUCAUUUGAAAUGGUUCAAGUAUUUCAGAAACUUUAUUUACCCUGCAAUGUCGAUUGUCGAAGAAAAUCCAUUUUUGAUUGAAAAAGGGUUUGCAGUCAUGCAAUGCUUUUCAUUGGAAGAUCGCUACAACUUGUAUGGAGAACUCCAUCAAGUUCUUUCGAAGAGCAAUCCCCUCAUCCAAAUAGCAUACGGCAAAGCAGAAAAAUCGACCAAGGACAUUUUGAAGCGGUUAUCAAAAGAAAAUGUGAGACCGAUGAUGCGGCGACUUGCCAAGAUAAGCUUUGCCAAUCCACUUCCAUGUUUACUUACAAUCUUGCAACAAAUCGAAAGUUAUGACAAUCUUAUUUCGUUGGUGGUUGAUACUGCAAAAUACUUCAAUCAAUACGGAUGGGAAGCUUUAACUUUGGCUAUUUUGAUGAGACUCUCAGCAUCUGGCAGAUCAAGUAUCCAACAAGAUGGUCUCAAUGAACGCCAGUGGAUCCAAUCUUUAGCUCAAUUCGUUGGUAAAAUCUGUCAAAGAUAUCCAACCCUGAUAGAUUUGAAAACACUUGUUUCCUUCAUUCUUAAAUCUUUGCAUCAAAAAGAUAUGAUUGCAGUAAUAGUCCUAAAGGAAAUGCUCAUGUCAAUGGGAGGAAUCCAAUCCAUUAACAACCUCACUCUUUCUCAAAUCGACAUGAUGAAUUGCGAGCCUAGUUUGCAAAAACUUGCCUUUAGAACCGUCAAUGAUACUAGGUACGAAUGCUUAUCGUCGGGUCACCAGCUCAUCAAAGUCAUUCACGACUUGGGCGCGGAAAAUGAACUCUUCAUUCAACUCUGUCAGCUCAGUCAGGAUGUGACACACAAUACCAACCAAACGCACUUGAAAAUCUUGGCGAAUAAGAACGAUGAAAUGAAUUCGGUUAUUCAGCUAUACAUCCAAUUCUAUAACUUCUUUGGAAGCAAAGAAACCUUAUCAAGAGAUUUGAUUUCUAUCAAGGAGUUUUGUGACGUUUAUCACAUCGAACCUAGGUGGGUUUAUAGACUAUGGUCCAAUAUUGAAGCUCCCAAUGGUGAUGUUCCUCAAGUCCCUCAAGCCAUAAGUUUUCAGUUGUACGAUACAUUCUGGAGACUCAGUCUUCAUGACAUUAAUUUCUCGCUUGAUCUUUAUGACGACGAAGUUGCCAAACUCGAGGGGACGAUUCCGAGCCUCAAAGAGAGUGUCUCAUCUACAAAGAGAGAUAAAGAUGUCCUACCUUCAACCAUUGAAAAGUAUAGGAAAACCCUAGACCAGAACUUAAAAUUCAUCAAGGAUAUUCCCUCCGAUUUAAAGACUCAUUCUUUGCACAAUAAAGAGACCAAUAUAAUGUUGACGAACCAAAAAGACAAAUAUUUUGAGCUGGCUUCAGUCGAAGAGCUCCGCUCAUUUUUACAAUACUGUGUGCUUCCACGAGCCAUAACCUCGUCUUUCGAUGCAUCAUUUGCAGCCAAAUUCUUGUUCAAAUUGCACGAUCUUGAAGUUCCAAACUACUCUGUUUUGCUGCUUUUAGAUGAGCUUUUUGGAAACCAAAUAUUGUUCGGGACUUUGUUCACUUUGAGUCCACUAGAAGCAGAAAAUCUAGGUAUCUUUUAUUCUGAAGUACUCAAAGUGUUACAUGAAUGGACUGACAAGGUUCUGUUCAAACAGAAUUGUUCGACAUUGUCAAAUGAUGGAGAACAGAUAACUUACGACGAGUUUCGGACGAUGCUAUUUGCGUAUCAUGAAAAGUUGCUCUCUGAUGUUGGUAAUUCGCUCACCGUUAAGGAGUACAUGUCACGGCGAAAUGCAAUCACAUUUUUGAAGAACUUGCUUGGUGUCUAUCCCAAUGUCGAAGAUCAUUGUGAAACUAUGCUUGGUUUCAUUCAGAAUAUAUCAGAUCGGGAAGAGCGCCAGGAUUUGAAGCUCUCUUCGUACGCUUUAAUUGGCCAUCUUCGUUCCAGAUCUAAGGACUGGGUACAUAUUUGGGAUUUUAUUCCUAUGAGCGAUGAGGAAAAAGAGAGGCUUAUGAAGGAGUACAACGACAAGAAAGAGCAGCAGAAGCAAGAAAAGCUCAGACUUGCAGAAAAAGCAAAGCAGGAAAAGCUCAGACUUGCUGAACAAGAAAAGCAAGAGCAGCUCAAGCUCAAGAUCGAAAAGGAGAACAAAGAACGUGAGAAGAACCUUCAAAGCGCUGCUUUAAGCUAUGAUGAUUCUUCCAGACCCUCUUCAAGAACAGAUAUUCGAAAGCUGGAACCCAAACGGUACGACUACUACAACAAGUAUGAGGGUUCUACCACCGAUUCUACAAAUGCCGAGAAAGUACAGAAGGCAUCAAAUGAAGAAGAUGACCAAAUGGAAAUUGAAAGAGAAUCUGAAACCAAUGACAAGUCAGCGAAGGAAGCAAAGGAAGCCGAAGAAAGCAACAAAGAAACAAAAGAUGAACCAAGGAAGGAAGAAAAGCCCGAUAUUAAGCAGAGAAUUGAGCAAGCUAAAAGAAAGCUUAGAGACUCUCCAACUCCACAAUCGUCCAAAACAGCUACACCAGAACCAGAUUUGUUCCCUCUGGCCCCAAGUGCUAAAAAUGACGAUACUCGAAGAGAUCCUCCUAUUCGAAGACCUCGAGCUCCACUUCCUCCACAAGAGGUGGUUGCAAGCAGGCCACAAGACCGCAAUAGAAGGUUUAACGACCGGUCAAGAUAUACUCCACCAUCGAGAGGAUCUAGUGAACAAGUACCCCCACCUCCACCUCCACCUCCUCCACCACCAUCACGGAACCAGUCAGGUAGAUGGGAGAAUAACAAGAGAAGGAGAGAUACAUACGAGGGCCGUGGCUACGAAAAGAGACAAAAGAGGUGA